CUUAAAGAGCGCUGCUGGAAAGAGAUCUGACUUAGUGAGGACUUUCACUUUGCGCACGCAAGUUGCCUUGAAACCAAGUCAAGAUCUUCAUGGACUAUGCAAAGUAUACCAGGUUACGUUCCUGCUUAUUAAGCCGUGUGGCCAGCAACAGUGCAAGAAGACUUGAUUCAAUUUGAAGGCUCUGAGAAAGAAAACAGGGUGGGAGGCAUUCGAGAGAGAAGGGAAAGGAGAAUGUGUGUGAGAGAAAAAGGAAAACAGAAAGAGAAAGGUCCUGCUGCAGCGGGACCCCUUCAUGUCCUUUCAGUCCUGGAGUGAGGAAAGUCCACACAGGCUUGGAAAGCCCCCUGAGUUACAAGAAGUACCAGGAGCUGUCAUUUGGACCGGGCAGAAGAAAGUGUGUGUGUGGCCUUGACAGACCUGUAGAAGGAGCACAGCUCUGCGCUCACACACAUUUACAUCAAGGAAACCACUGAAAGGAAACCUGCGGCUGUCUAUUAGUUCAGACGGAGUCUGCUGUUCUUGCACAAAACUGAAGGACUCAACCCAUAGACAUGGAGCAUAGCCCAUAUAUCAGUAGAUAAAAGAAUGUCACCAACAGUGCUUCUACUUUUAUCCACACUGAUAGUUCGAGUAUAUGGGUGCCAAGACCCUGACCCUAUAGAGUCAGAGGUCAGAAGUUUACUGAAGGACAUCAAAGCAAACCAACCUACUGAAUUUCGACACGUUUUCCCAACCAACUAUUAUGUUUCACACCGCUAUAACACGAGUCUGCUCUGCAACGACAAACCGUGCUGUGUAUACCCUGCUGCAUUUCUUCUAUGUGAUUCCUGGUCCCGGCUGCUUAAACACCUUCAUGAAGAGAAUUACAGAUAUAAGUUCAUAGAUCAUCUAAUAAAAGUCCUGAAAAAGAUUACUGAAGGGAAAAUCCAGGAAAUGCCAGAUCUCUCCAUCUUCCCACUGGUGCCCUCCUCCCCCGAUGAGCUGCUUUCCUUCACUGCUGCUGUUCUUUCGAGGUGGGAGGAACUCGAAUGCCCAUCCAGUGUGAGUGGCUGUAUGUUCCCCACAGCAGCCCCUGACCAGGAAGACGAAGAAGAAGAGGACAUGGUGGUGUUGAAAGGAAACGAGGGGAACGCUGGCAGCCGACCUUUACAUGAUCUCGAGAGAGAGGGGGAGAGAGGUAGGAGAUGGAGCAUUACAGCAGCUCCAACCAACGUCGGAGCUGCUCUGUUUCACUUCCCCGGACAUGUCCUAUGGAGUCUCUUCCUUCUCUGGAUUGCACUGGAUUUGUAGAACGCUUAAACAAGUUGUAUGUCUGUCUCUUUAUGUGCACAUAAAAUGCAAAAAUGCUUUUAAAGCAAAAAUAUGGCGAGUUUGUUACUCUUCGAUAGGCAAAAGGGCCUUUUCUCACAAUGACUGUCAAUCUUUGCUAUUUCAUCCAUCAACUAAUACCAUUUCAUCUAUGCCAGUCUGUUGAUGUGAUUUUCAAGACUUUGGGGCAAAUCGGAAAAGACAGAUAUUAUGCCAUCAAAGACCACUUCAAGUAACUACAUACACAACACCAUGUAAUAAGCCAUAUUAAAUAUUUUCCAUGUUGGAUGUAUGAUAUCUGUUGUGAAAUGUUACAGUAAGCUUACUUUUGACCACCAACAGAAACAGAAAAGCCUUUUUGAGGACUUUUGUUAUUGCUUAUUAUUUUGUUUACAAAUCUGAAGCAUUGUAGCCAAUACAUAAUGUUUUGAAUUUUGGUUAUUUGUUUUUAAUAAAAGCACACAAAAUGUACCCUGUGAAUGUUUGUAUAUAUACCAUGUAAAUAAAAAUGGGGAACAGAUUACCUUCA